GGUCAUGUUGAGGUUGUACGUCUGUUGCUCAAGGCUGGAGCUGCAGUCUUCAUUCCUGACAAGUGUCGCAAGACUCCACUGUACUCGGCUUCAAUCAGAGGUCACAGAGCAGUAGUGGAGCUACUGCUAGAGAAUGGAGCUGAUGUCAGCAUCUGCAAUGAGGAUGGUCUCAGUCCACUCUUUGUUGCCAGUCAAGAGGGACCACUCUGAGGUGGUGGAUGUUCUGGUGAAAGCAGGAGCUGAUGUACAUCAGGCAACAACCAAGGUAUG